UUCACUCCAGCCAGACACAAACUGCAAACUGACAAGUUUUUUCUCUCCCCAGGAUUUUCCAUGGAGACAGUCCCUCUGUACACAUACUUCGCUCUUCUUUUUCUGCUGCCUAAUUUCCUGAACGCAUCACCUGCCGCUCAAGAUGAACUUGUGAUCGAUACAAAGCACGGGAAAGUUCAAGGGAAGCUGGUUUCGGUGUUGGGUGGUGAUGUGAGAGCGUUUCUUGGAAUUCCUUAUGGAAAACCACCUCUGGUGAAACUCAGAUUCAAAGCUCCAGAGCCAGUAGAGGGAUGGAAAGGGGUGAAAGAUGCUACCAAAUUCCCAAAUUCCUGCCACCAAGUAGUGGACACAACCUUUAAAGAUUUCAAAGGUGCAGAGAUGUGGAACCCAAACACUCCUCAGAGUGAAGACUGCCUGUACCUAAACGUCUGGUCCCCUCGUGUCAACAAAACCCAGCCUCAGGGCUCAGCGCUUGCUCCUGUCCUUGUCUGGAUCUAUGGAGGAGGGUUCAUUACAGGAACGUCCUCUCUGGACAUUUAUGACGGUCGCUUCUUGAGUAAAUCUGAGGGUGUUGUUGUGGUAUCAAUGAACUACAGACUCGGACCCUUAGGCUUCCUCUCUCUUCCUGACAACAAGAACAUCCGGGGCAACGCGGGCCUGCUGGACCAGCGCUUGGCCCUCCGAUGGAUAGCCAAUAAUAUCGCUGCCUUUGGAGGUGAUCCUUCAAAGGUGACUCUGUUUGGAGAGAGCGCUGGAUCGGCAUCUGUGGGCUUCCACCUGCUGUCCUCGGGCAGCCAUGAUUUUUUUCAAAGGGCUGUGAUGCAGAGUGGCUCUCCUAAUGCCCCCUGGGCCACACUGAGCCAGACUGAGGCCUGGAACAGGUCCACAAAGCUGGCGACGCUCGUGGGGUGUGCCACGUCUGAUCCGGCUUAUCUGGAGACGUGUCUGCAGCAGACUGAUCCCAAGAAAAUCACAUCAAAGCAAUAUGAUGUUCUCACGCAGCCGUCGAUCUUAGCCUCUACCUUUGGCCCGACUGUUGAUGGGGAUUUCCUGCCAGAUGAAGUUGAAGCGCUGUUAAGUACUGGUAACCUCCCUAAGAAAGAAGUGCUGUUAGGCUUAAACAAGGACGAGGGGACCUAUUUCCUACUUUAUGGAGUGCCUGGAUUUAGCAUCACUGGUCAGAGUCUUAUCAACCGCAAAGAGUUCCUGAGUGGAGUGGACCUUACAAUGACUGCUGCAAGUGAUGUGACGAAAGAAGCCGUCAUUUUCCAGUACACCGAUUGGACAGAUCAGAACAGCAGGAUGGUGAAUCGUGACUCCCUCGGCUCUCUGGUUGGAGACCGGCUGUUCGUUUGUCCGGUGCUAGAGUUCACGCACAGGUACUCACAACGCGGCGGUAAGACUUUCCUUUAUUUAUUUGACCACCGGUCCUCCAUCAAUCCUUGGCCAGAAUGGAUGGGCGUCAUGCACGGCUAUGAGAUAGAAUUCGUCUUCGGAAUGCCUCUGGAUGCGUCCCUGGGAUACACGAAGAAUGAAGUGAACAUGACCAAGAAGUUCAUGAAACACUGGGCCAACUUUGCCCGGACAGGGAAUCCCGGCAAUGAUGGAGCUAAAUGGCCCGUUUUCACCCCUGAGCAGCAGGAGUAUGUCACCCUGAACUACAACCAUCCAGAACAAAAGGGGAUGAUGAAAGCUAAAGAGUGUCACCUCUGGAACAAGUUAACGCCCAAAAUACAGAAAGUCUCAGAUGAUCUGCAGCUUUGUGAGAAGGGAAAUGGGAUGACACUCCGCUGUAAUUACAUGGUCCUCCUCAUUUUAUUGGCUAUAAUUUUAAACUACUGAUACAGUGACGAGACCUGUCUGAGCUGCACUGAUUCAUCCAGGCUUAUACAUGUACCACAGUUUACAUACAACAGUGGACAGGAACAAUAACCAAAACUUCAUCUAUACUAUUGUGAACAUUUUACGUUUGUUUUUGUGUUUUCAAAGAAAUUAAUUUUUACUACAUUGUGUGAGCAGUCAAGUUAAAGCAAUGCUCAACGUCAAUAUUCAAUAUAUUUUCUGUAUCCACUGGCGGAGAAAAAUAUUUUUGCUUUGUUGCAAAUGUUCUUACAAUAAGCAGCAUUCACAGUGAUUGCUUCAUUUGGAGUUGCAGCUGCUCACAUAUCACGGCGGCUACAUGCUCCCCAGCUCUGCAGGAACAACACUGUAGCAAUUUAGGAUGUAGUCUGUGUUUUUUUUAAUGAAAAAAAAAUACAAUGCACAAGAAAAUUGUGGCCUCUGUUACACGGGAUCUUUAUUUCCAAUCACUAGUAAAUGUUUAGCGACCACAUUUUCAUUUGUUUAUGUCCUUCUUUCAGAUGUGCGCAGUGUAUAAAUUGUGCCCACGGUAAAUGCAGACUGAAACGUUUGAGUGCACUCUUAUUGGAAAGAUCUGAGAGUAGUUUGUGACUAUAAUAUUGCUGACUCCAGAUUUUGGACUUUGGGCCCUGGAUUUGUACUGAUGCAUCAAUUGUACUGAUCAGUAAAAAAAAAUACAAAAAAAAAAAACAUGUAAUGAU